CACUUUCCAGGAAAGUGGUUGAAGUGACUGGAUGGAUUGUUCGGAACUUUGGUGUCUUGCAUCUGUGGAUGGCGGCGAAUGCAAAGAAACUUUCGAUACUUACGAUGAAUUCGAGGAACACUUUUGUCAGAAGCACCUUGAUUUGGCAUUGUUUGCUUGUGGUGCUAAGGGAUGCACAGCUCAAUUUGGAACGAUAUUACAAAUUUUCCGCCAUUUAGCGAUCUGCAAACGUCGUGGCAAAAAGAUAAAGCUGUUGCAAUAUUCGGAUAGUGCAUUGGAAAGUUUGACAGCAUUGGACCGGGCGAAGUUGCUAGCAGUCCAGUGCUGUGUUAAAAGAGCAAAACGAGCGGGUGAGUUGGCUGAAAUUGAUGGUGAUAUCACAACUAAACGAAGUGGAAAGUCAAACAGUGCUCACUGUGCUCAUUUCAGUGCUCAGUGCUCACUCGAUGGAAUGAGCUUUUGCAGUUUACUGGAUGAUGAACAGGUUCACGAGUCAGUAAUUGAACCACCUAAAAUUCAAGUGGAAGAUAUUGAGCCUGAACCAAACUUUUCAAGAAAGGAACGCGCUGUUACACCAGCAAGACAGGCAGCAUGGCGGCUGAAGGAACAAAUGCUUUUGGAAGAAAAAAUGAGAAAGAAUAAUAAACCACUGGAAAAGAUUGGUGGACACACGCAAAAAAAACAGAAGAAAUUGCCAGUGAAAGUAACUGACAAAACUCGCAUUUCAGCUCUCAUUAACGAUGAUCCAAAAAAAGCGAAACGUAUAUCGAGCCAUCUUCAAACGAUGGAGUCGGGUUUGUCUCGAGAUUCUGCCUUAAGAACCGUAAAUUCGAAGAUGCCCUUCGAGUCAUUAAAGGAUAUUAUGUAUGCUAAAAGGAGAGCCAGAUUACAACGGGAGGAUAACACUCAAGACCGAAUGUCAACGAUUCAGAAACAACCCAGAGUCUUUGAAAGUAGUCUUCCAGCUGGCCCUAGUAAUCCUCCAAAAAUGCAUGAUUUAUCGCGAACACGGUCGUGCUCAUUCGAACUUACCGUUACUCGACCUCCCGACUAUUCGGAGUUCCUAAAAAAUCCUGUGGUAAAUCCGACUUUUCAUGAAAUACCUCUUCCUCUUUCUCUACCUCCUAUUCUGCCGCUACAGAUUUCACCUGUUCAAGCAUCAAAUGGUCAUCAAAAUAAUUUUGAAAGUGAUCGUUUACUCACGAAGACCACUCUAGUAUCGCAACCAACAACGUUUUCUAAUUCCGAAAUCAUACAGCAGAAACGUGGUUAUAUGAAACCGCAUGGAAUUCUGCGAACGAAAAAGCACGGAUUUCAAAAUCUAGUAGAAACUGUGGAACAGACUGGUCAGAUAGAUUUCGAUAUCUUAAGCUUAUUUUCCAAAAGAUUGAAAGAAUGCAAACUUGAACAUCUGAAGGUAAGCACGCCACAGGCAGAACAAUUUGAGCAACUGACAGGAAAGCAUUCAGAACGAACUAAAUCAUUAAAAUCGAAUGUUAGACUGGAAGAAGAGGCGUCUUCGGCGGAGCUAUCAAAGUUCAAGGACAAUACAGAUCUCAAUGAUUUGUUUUGUGAUAAAGAUUCCGGGAGAAAGGAAGAUGACGAGUAUGAUGAGACUGUUCCGAUUCUUUUAAAUCUUUUCUCGAACAAAGAGACUGCGACACCUGUAUUGUUCGAUCCGCGAAUAAUGCCGGAAUCACCCACUCCAGAUUCAGUAUAUCAACUUAAGAAAGCAUCACCGACACAGACAUCGAUCGAGAACACAUAAAUCUUGUGUAUCGAACGAAGUCGGUUAGAUUUUUGGAAUGCACAUAUUCUGUAGAUAUGAAUUAUGUAUGCUUUACGAUCAAAAGUCGAAGCUGAACUGCCUACUGACUAUCGAACAGACGAAAGAAUGCGGAAUUUGAGCGUUAAAUAUGGAUGAAAGAAAUAUUUACUUUACUGAUGUUAUAGUCUCAUUUUCUUGGUUGGUUCGAAGUUUAAAAAAUUGCAAACUACUGCAUGGACCUUUUACUCCACAUGGAAAGAUAUACUUUUUCUUCCUCCGAAGUCCAUUACUACAGCCUUUUUUAAUUACUUAUUUGUUUGUACUCGAUGGAACAGUGGGCACGUAAAAUUUCUAAAUUUGCUAAUUAGAUUAUCUUACGCCGUGCUGUUCCGGAAACAAGA